AUGGAUAAGAGAAGACUUUAAAAAGUUGAAAACGAGCUUCAAAUCGAAUAAGAGAAGAUCACUAUUGAAGAUGUGAUUAACUCAAAAAGAGUGAACAAUCUUUUGCUAGACAAAGCCGAAGAGCUCUUUACCUUAGAAUUCAAUCUCAAAUAGAAGGCUUAGCUCAAGUAUUUGCAAAUUAAACAGAAAAAGGGCAAAAGAAAUGUAAUGUUCAUGGACUAAUUAACACAUGAGUACUUAUGGAGUCCUACCCCUGCUUACUAUGUUGGAACAUUCUUUAGUUUCCUUUACAUCAAAAGAAAAUUCAAACUUAAUUUCUUUGCAAUUAUCCCAUUCAUGACAAUACCUAUUACUAUGGACUAUAUUAGUAAGUUUCAUAUAAAGUUUAUUUUCUUGUAGAAAGAGAAUUCUAUGUUAGCAGUAUUGUUGAAGAGAAGAAAAAACUAAGACAGGUUAGAAAGAUUGUAGAUAACAUUGUGCAGGAGAAGAAAAGACAUGUAACUUUUGAGCAGGUUUUCAGAUACUGCUUCAAAGUCAACUUUGACAAACCAAUUGAUGAAAGACCCUAUCUACCAAUAGGCUUUGACUGAAUAAAGCAUUUCUUUGAAAUAUUGCGGAAUGAGAUUAAUUAAGUGCUUAGUGAUUGAAUGUCUGUAAUUAUUAAUUAUUGUUUUAUAUAUUAUUUAUUCAAAAGUCGAAUUAUUAAUGGAAAAGUCUUCAAGUUUGCAAAAGGAUAAUAUGGGAUACUUAAUGCCUAAGAGCUCUAGUAUAGCCUAUGAUGGAAACUCAAGUAAUGGAGAUUAAGACUAACAGAAACAAACUAAAAGAGGAUCAAAGGCCAGUAGUCGACUAGACCCGAAUGAGGAAAAGAACAGAAAGUCAACACUGCAAAAGUUUUCAAAGGAUGUAUUUAUACAGAAGUUGGAGAUUAUAGAUUACGAGGAAAAUGACGAUCAUGUUGAGUACUAUAUAUAGGUCUAGGGAAGAACCAAAUACCUUGUAAACCUCAACGACAUUGCAGAAAACGGGAUGAUUGACUAUCAAAAGGUGCACAAAAUCCAGAAUUCUGCUGAAAACCAGGAGUUUUAGAUUGUCGAGUAUUGCAUUGUAAAGAGGUAUUCGGAGUUACUCAUAUUUAGCAAGUUACUUCAGUCAGAGAUCAAGAAUUAUAUGAAGAAAAGAGGCUUUUAGCCAGAAGACUUCCCCGAUUUCCCUCCUAAAAAGACUUUCUUCAACAAAUCUAAGAACUUUUUGUAGAAGCGAGUCCUCAAAAUCAAUAAUUACUUUACAAAGCUAUUUGACAAAUUUCCCUAAAAAGUUCCAUACACCAAUGCAAUAAUUGAUCUAUGCCAGCCCUUCAAAUUAAAUGUGGCUGUUAUAGGUAAGAAAAACAGUGGCAAGAGUAGUCUAAUACAAGGUUUCGUGAAUGUCCUAGUUGACUAUCAAAAGAAUAAGGAAUAUUUCUAAAGAAGAUAAGUAUUUGGAUAAGAACCAUUAUCAUAAAAUAGUAACUCUGGAUAGAAGCAAAAUAUCAAUAAGUUGUAAGAAUUGAUUAACUAGUCAAGCUAGUAAACUAAUAUCAGCACAAUGGAUCAUAACGAAUCUAGUUUUUAGAAGAGUAAAUCUGAUAUUCAUCAGCCAAAGCAAACAUUAACCUCAGUUAUGGCAAAGUAAAGGACGGAAACUAGAAAUAUUGAUAUAGACAAUAACAUAGAAGUUGAAUCUCAAGGUACAUAAAGGACUAAAAUCUCAAGGAUGGGAGAGGAGAGAUAACCCAGAGGUUAAUCAAGGGAUUAAUAGAGAGUUGCAAAAUUAGUAUUUAAAAGAAAAGACAGAGAGCGAUCAGCUGACAAUGGUGAUACUUUCAGCAUAGGGAGCAAGCCUAGUACAUUAAAGAACGGUCACGGAGGUGAUAAGAAGAAAUUAGAAUAAUACUUUCCUUUGGAUGUGCCAUUUAAAGUAGCCAAGUGCAGAAAUUCCCUCUUUAGACUAGACAUUCAGGAGUAUUAAAUAGAAGAGGCAGACUUGAGAUCCUUGUUGACUCAUUUACUAUCCAGUGAGGAAAAGAACACGAUAAUUUUUACCUUUUCUUUAUCAAGCCCAAGUAGCUUUAAAAUAUACUUGAAAAAAGCUUUAAAGGAGUUGAUUUUCGCUUUUGAAGAUCUUAAUGAUGGAGCUAAGGAACGUCGAAUGAUUCCAUUUAUGAUCCUAGGCAUGAAGAGAGAUCUAGAGAGCAAAGUUAAAGUAAGUAAGGAAGAUGUUCACAGUUUGAUGGAAGUCUUGAAAAAGCAUGUUAACUGUGAGGUACUUUACACAGCUGCCUAAAAUUAGGACGACAUAUUGAGUGCGCUUCAUUAACUGUUUAACUUGGCUGAUGAUAUGUUCCUGCAUCAAAUGAAAAAUAGAGACAAUUUUGGUAAAUAGAAGUGA